AUGCUUCUAAAAGCUCAUCGCAUCAUUGAAUCAUACGAACCCUCCUCUGAGUUUUGUAUACAGCUUCACGGUUUUAUUCGAGCGCUGCCUACUCCACCCAGAGAAGAGGCAGAAAACAAUACAACCACUGUGGUUGAAACGCAUUUGCCCUCUGAGCCUCUUCGCCACCCAACAGGAAGCCCUGUCCACACUACAAGCAAUCCUACCGUUCAAGAUAAGGCUCCUCUGGAAUUCGUUCUUUACAAAAUCCCUAAGGACAAUUCCGCUACGCUAGAUGACUUUAGGUGGAAAAGGGAGCUGAAUAGUUUUCUCUCAAAUAUACCAAAAACGAAAAAAUGGGCGGCCCUGCCAUCUCGCGAGGAGAUACUUCGGCUAUUACUUUGCCGUAAGGUUCCGUUCAACGGGGGUGGUGGUGGAGGCAGGGACGACGACGGGGAGGAUGAUUGCCAAGACGAGUGGGGUGAAAGAUGUCGUGCCUAUGCCGGUUCUACCUUAGAAGCGAUGAAUAUAAACUCCGCCAUGCGGGGGAUACUGGCAUUCCGCGUUAUCAUUGUGGCCCUGGCGUGUGUUGUGAUGUUAGAGAAUGGGGCCGAGCUCGCCGACACUGAGUCAAUCUUGAAAACCUGCAUUCCCAAUCCAAGCACGGGAAGAACCCUCAGCCGGGAUAGACACGCUGCAAAGUGGGUCAAUUCGCAGAUUUUGGAACUCCGUAAGGUUGGAUGGGGAGAUAGGAGUGCAGAGGUCUUCGUUCUAUAUGGGCAGAGUAUCUCGCAGUUUAGAUUGAUAUGCUCAAACACACGUAGCGGUGACGCAUUCAUCGCAGGAAUACAAGGGAAAGGCAAACCUAUACCAAAACUAGGUGACAAUAAGAUGCCAAUAUCUAUUCCUUGCAUCGUCAAGCGCUGCUGCGGGAAAUCUGCGUCGUUAAGGAAAGUCUGUGAAGUGCUUUCUUACGAUUUCGAGGAGGUCUGGCCUAUAUACAAGGAAUUCUAUACUUCUCGACAAGAUUAUUCUGCCAGCGAGAGCGACGUCCCCGAAAGCGCUACGGAAAGUCUAUCUGAAAGCAACAUCGGCGGCUAUGAAGCUCACACCAGCGGCAGCGAGGUACCCACUCUCCCUACCUCGCCGCUUGGGACGGGCCGAGAGGCCGACGAGCCUGCCACAAAUCUAGAUAUACCUGUAGACGCGGUAGGAGACCGACCUUGUGCGAAUGGGGCGAACAGGCAGCCAUAUGCGGGCAACCCCUGUAGCGAAUAUCGGCAUUCGCAACGAAGGAGACAAGGCGGAGAGGAAGACACGGAGGGGGUAGAUGAGACUGCUUCAGCCACGGAAUCGAGUGCUCCCUCCCAGGGCAGAGGUUCGAUCGCUACGGGGCUCGAACGGCAGGCAGGUUCGGGGAUAGAAGGGGGACCCGGACAGCAGUGUGAUGGCCAGCCAAGGGCGAAACGUCGGCGAACGGAUGCUGUGCGGGGUAGACAGACGAGCAGCGUGUCUAGAUCGGUUCAUCGCUCCCAGAACACACAAGGCCAGUCAGAGAGCGAUGUAGCUGGGCAUGAUUCAGCUGAUAUUCCGACGGAAUGGGCGUCGACAAGGCCCGAGACAACAAUCGACGGAGGACAACAGGCAAAUAAUCUGUCGGGUUUCCAAUUGCCACUGUUACCAUCACUUUCCGUACAUCCCAGUGGGCAAUAUUCGGAUUAUUCCACGCAAGCCUUGAACCAACGGACUAUCGAGACAUAUACCCACCAGGCCGCUUCCUCUCCAAUAGUAAAUGUGUAUGCUAAUUCCCAAAGGCAAAACCAACACAUAGUCCAACAAACGUGCAAUACUUCUCAGACCUAUGUUGCACCACGCACCUUCACGCCUGCCCCGUCAAGUAAUGCUCAAGCUUAUAACCUCCCCACCAAUAGAGCACAAACAUACGCCACCCCGGUACAGGGGUUCUUAGCUCACCAAACCAUGGCUGUGCGUCAGACACCAGCGGCGCAUACGGCCACCAUCAGGGCGCUUCUGAAUACAAAUGAAGAAGCGACCGUCAAUACCGGAGUUAGUACGCCAGUAAACUCUUUUGGCCACCGCGGAGUGCCAAUAUCGUGGGGAGGCUCUCAGCAUCAACACCAAGCCCGCCAAACGCAUAGGAUUCCUCAUUACCCCCAGAGUUCCCUUAGAGAGACAGACAACUGUUAUGCCGCGCCACUAUUAUCGACCACUAACCCUCCGUUUGAAGAUAGAAACUCUUUGUCUGGGAUAUCAACUCAACAUAGACCGAUUCGGGAGGUGCGAGGCCAGGUAGAGGGCGCCGCAACUACAAAUAAUCCGGUAGCUAUUUAUACGGCUUAUGAUGGAUUCUCUGGGACCGACUCUAACGGCCAACAAUUCGCUACGGAAUUAGGAAGUUUACCAAGCACAACCAAUCACCACCAAAACAACUCCCACAGCAAUCCAGGAACGUAUUCUGACACUAAUCCAUGGCAGCCUAGCAGCGGCUUUGACCCCUUUUCUGUGUACACUCCCAACACCGACUCAUGGACGGCGCAGCCAAGUGACUUCAAUUCCAUGCCUGUCGUUCCCAACACCGACUCAUGGACGGCGCAGCCAAGUGACUUCAAUUCCAUGCCUGUCGUUCCCAACACCGACUCAUGGACGGCGCAGCCAAAUAGCUUCAAUUCCAUGCCUGUCGUUCCCAACACCGACUCAUGGACGGCGCAGCCAAGUGACUUCAAUUCUCUGUCUGCUGGUACACAUUCCUGA